GCUGCUUCCGGAGCAAGUUCGUUCUCUCGCUGGCUCGCUAGCUCGUAGCUGCCGCCGCCGAGCUGCGGAGUGGCUGGGCUGGGCUGCAGAUGUCGGACUCACUGCUCACCUCGGGUUCUGGGUUCUUGAACCCUGCCGGUGACGGCGUAGAGGCUGGAGCCGGAGCCGGGGACUGUCCGGCCCCCGUCGCAGAAAAUGAGGAUCCAAACCACAGAACCAGUGAUAUUGCUUCCCCAGUGAUGACUGCCUCUGAUCAGGAACCUUCAUCCUCACCUCGCAGGCCACAGAUUGUAUCUUCUGUGACUGAGGAUGUAGCAGAAAAUCCUGGAAAAGGUGAUGGUGCUUUGGAGGAGCAGGCAUUGAUGGGUCAGGAAUCACUGUCAGGAGACCAGCUUCUUAAAGAGGUGGGCAAAUACCAAGCACCAAAAGGAUCAGGAGACGUGGUUAUGAUCCAGUCAGACACAGGAGACACAGGAACUGUGGAUGUCCUCUCAACUGAAUUGGAGUCUGCAGAUCUCCUCGGAGAACAGAGAAGAGUCUCAACACCUCCUCUGUCUCCUCCAUCCAUAUGGACCUUUGCCAAGAUGAAGGAAUUCAAAACCAAGAUGAGCAAGGUGAAGAAUUCUCGGCUGGUGGUGAAGCGGGGUGAGGUAGUAACAGUACGUGUGCCCACCCACCCUGACGGGAAGCGCCUCUUUUGGGAAUUUGCCACUGAUAAUUAUGACAUUGGCUUUGGUGUCUAUUUUGACUGGACCCCUGUAACCAACACUGCUGUCACUGUGCAUGUCAGUGAGUCCAGUGAUGAGGAUGAGGAUGAUGAAGAGGACGGGGAGGGAGGGAUUGAAGGACUCGUCCCAAUUGGAGAUGUGGAGAUGGGCUCCAAGAGUUCUCUGCGGAAUCGCUAUGGGGAGAUCAUGCCGGUUUAUCGGAGAGAUAGCCAUCGAGAUGUACAGGCUGGUUGUCAUGACUACCCAGGAGAAGGCAUCUACCUGCUUAAAUUUGACAAUUCCUACUCACUGUUACGCAACAAAACUCUCUACUACCAUGUAUAUUAUACCAGCUGAGGGGCUGAGGCCAUAGGUCGGUGGGCAAGGGGGGAUUUUUUUUUUCUGACACCUUUUGCUUUCUAUGGACAACCUGCUUAAAUGCUGAGUGUGAGGCUUCUGAAGUUUGCACUUGCCUGCCUGGCAUGCCUGCCUGUUGACCUAGGAGUAGCUUCUUCCCCUUCCACCAUUUUUACAGGUUACACUUGGACAGUUUCUCCUGAUAUAAACUUCAGGGAUAACACUCUGUGAAGUCAUCAGGCGAGAAUCUAAAAGGAAGUGGGAUAUUGUCUUUUUGUUUGUCUCUGUUUUUGCUUCGUACAAGGUAUGCCACUAAGCUGGGGGUGGCUUCCUCUCCCCAAAUCCUUAUGCCAUUUGCGGCAUUUGCUAGCGUCCUUGCUGGUAUAAAUUUGUGAAGUGGACCUCCGCCCUCUUCACCUGUGGCUUUCCAAAUCACUAAGGAAGGGGAAAGCUCAUGUUUAUAAAAGGAAACUGAGAUGCUAAAGAGAAAGAAUUCUUCUGCCCAGCCUCUUUCCACUGCCAUGUUCCUAAUCUAUUUCUGGUUGUUAGCCUAGCCCUGGCUCUUCUGUUUGAGGAGGCCUUACUGCCCUUUGAGGACUAUGCCUUGUUCCCUGUGGCGAGUCCUCAGCUGCUAAGUCUGUGUACUUGCUACCAAUGCAAAGAUUUUUUAAUGUAAUCUCUAAGACCCAGUGUAUUUUUAGAGUCUCCCGAGAAGAAAAGAUUUCCCACCACUUCCUUCUGUCAAUAAGCAGUCACCCUAACCCAGGGCCACUGCGGCAGAAAGAGAAAAGUGGUUAGAUAUGGUAAGAAGUGGCAAUCAGGCACCAAAUGACUCUUUUACCAUCCUAGAACACACUUUCCUGACACCGAAGUGUGGCUCUGUCUUUGUAUGAAGAAGAACGUAGUCUGGUUAUCGUGAACAAGCCAAGCUUCCUACCACCUCUUUGUUACUAGAAUGUGAAUGUUGCUAGAGAAUUUGCUUUAGAACCAAAUGCAGCGAAAUCUAUUCAGGUAAUUCUCUUUGUAAUGUUUUCCUACCUGUUAAGACUCAUGCAAAAAGCUCACCAAAUGAGAGUUUUCUGGAGUUGCCGCUUGCCAUCUUUGAUCCUCUUAAGUCUUUUAGGGAAAGGUGAUAAUAGAGCUCUAUGAUUGCUGCUCAUUUUGUUACUUGUUCAUUUCCCUGCCAAAUCCUGUUUCCCUGGUGACAGUCUCUCCCCUCUUCCACCUCCCCACACAAUUAACCUUAAAUCCUAGGAGUGCCACAGGGUAUCAGGUGGUGCUUUUAGCUGUUGCCAGAGCAACGUGGUACUUAGGCAGAGAAAGGAUAGAAGAACCAGGAUUUGUCUGUUGCCUUUAUCUCCUUUUCCGCCUCAUUCCUUUUGUCAAUUCUGUUAGUGUCUUAGCAUUGUAAGGAGUAAACCAAUUUAUUUAUUAAGUUAUUUAUUUUUAAAAUGCAUUUCAGUUCACCUUUGAAAUAGUUUUUACCUGUUACUCUAGAGGCUUGCCUUUUGUUCUGAGCCAUUUGGGCAGCCUUUUCCAUAGAGUUAAAAAAUAAUGCUGUUUGUGAGUAGUCUUGCUGUCAGGUCGGUGGCAUUUCAAAGAGAGAGAGAGAGGAAGGUAAAUCUACUACUUGUAUAGGGAAUAGGUAGUGCCCUAUUUCCUUCAAGGAAAACUCAGCCUUUGAAAGAGUGUGUUUCUUUGUAAGGAAUCAAAUAUGCCAAGAUUGACAGGCUAAUAAAAGUUUUCGUUGUAUUCUGGAUUGCAAAAGUCCUUUGAACACCUUCAGGUGUUCCUUCUCCACAAUAGUCCUUCUCCACGCUCUCCUUUGGCUUCUUCCUUAGUCUCUCGUGUAGUUUGUAUGCCUGACUCAUCAAAAAUCCAUCCUUCCUACUGGAAAAAUAACCCGAAGUAUAUAUUCUUUUCAUGGUGGGUUAGUAGCAUUAUCAUUGUAUAUGAAGGAUGUGAUGACAUCAUGUGCCUUUGGUUCCUCCUGGGAACAACCCCGCCCUCAUAGUUUCCUGUGUGGUGGAAGGCCAUAAUGUGAUUUUUCUCAAAGCUGCAUCAUGCCCACUACUUUGUGUAUCAGUCACUGCAUUUUGCAGAGGUCUAAGUAUGUCUCUGGUGACAAACGAAGUGAAUGAGUGACUGCCCUUCAUUAGGAGAGGAAGGCAUUUUAAGCAGUGGGCAAACUGGUGAGACGGCUGAAUGAUCAGCUUACUCUUGACUGAACUCGAGUUGAUAUGCCUUAGCAGUAUAGAGAUCUUUUUCUCAGGCUUAGUCUUUCAGGAGUGAACUUUUGAGAGAAAGAGCAGCCUCCUUAGCUUAGAUUAGCACGUAUUUCUGUGCUGUAAAGAGCUCUGCUCUUCAUUUUCUUUAGAUACCCAGAUCUGUUGUGUUGAGGAUACCUGGGGGGCAUCAUGUUCCCAUAACCUCUUUGUUCCUGUUCCUGCCAUGCCUACUGCUAGAAUUACCUUGUUACACCUCCUUCCAUUCUGAUGUUGUACUAAACAACCUGAGUUGUAUUUUCUCAUCAGCCCAAAGUAGCUUAAGAUGAAGUAUUUUCACUUCCUACUACAAAAAUUCUUGGGUUGUAUUUCUCAAUUGUACAUCAUUCGAGACUGAGGAAAAGGUGUUACUUGGGAUUUCAGCAUCCUAGACAACUUCUAAGAGCUGCCCUAGCCCUGUCUGAAUUCACUGAACCAAAAUGCAAACAAAAGAAAAAAAGAUUUUCCUUUUUCUCCUCCUUCAUCUCUCUCCAAAAAAAAUUAAAGUUGUAGAAUUAAAGCAUCUAAAAGGUGGAGAGGCUUCCAGGGGCAACUAAGUCCCUGUGGCUGAUCAAAAGUCCUAUCUACAACAUCACUGAUAAGGAAUCACCAGAUCUCUGAUUAAAGACUUCCAGGGUGGGGAAAACCCACUUUCUCUCCUUACUCUUCUUUUGGAUGAACAGGUCUUACUGUGAAGAAGUUUUCCUUUUCCAUCAAGUUUAAAUCUCUCUCUGUCUGCUUCUGCUGCUGCUUGUUGUGUCCUCUUCCAUGUGACAGUCCUUCAGAUAUUUGAAGACUCUCCCUAAGUGUCUCUCCCUAAGCCUUCUUUUCUUUAGGCUAAACAUCUUCAGGUCCUUCAAUUUAUCUAGAACAGUUGAGGGAGAAUGAUAGUAGCCAAAGGAAGGAUUAUGCCUCUUGCCUUUUCUGGGGUUGUACCCAAUUGCUGCUAUGUGUUUUGCACCUGUCUAAAUUGUGCCACUGUAUGGCCGGUUGCAUUUGUGAGGACUUGGCCAAAAAUUCUACUUCCUCAUUUUAGAAGUGAAGAAACUGAAGCUCAGAAAGACAAAGGAAGUUUUAAGAGUGUUGAUUUUUAAACACUAAGUUGAAACCUUACCAUUGUCCAUCCACUAAGAAAGUGUAUUGUUGAUAGCCAACACUGCAACAAAGGCCUCUAGGCUGUGAUCUUCAUCAUUGUUCUUCAGUGGCCUUCUUUGACUGUCUGCCCCCUUCCCCAAUCCCUGUGGCCAUAAUUCUUGCGGUAUUAACUUUGAUCAUACCCACGGAAUGAUAAAAAUAGUUGAUACUUAAAUAAUGCUUUAAAUUUUGCAAAGCACUUUACAUACAUUAUUUCAUUUGACCCUCACAAGAACCAUGUGAUUAUAAAUGAAGCUAACUUUGAAAGAACUUCAUUCUUAUUCCAGUUGCCUAUUGACUUGUCUUCAGGAUUCUGAAGCGUUAAUGCAACUGUGAGAUCAAAUAUACUUUAAAAAAUGAAAUAGAUAACAACUUGGAAUACUAUUAUAUUUCUUUUUGCUUAUUUAAUGAAGUUUUUUAAAGUCUUUUUGCUUAUUAAGAUGGGAAAUAACGACUCAGGUCUUUGAAAAGCUAUUUUUGCCACCCCCAGCCCCUUUUUUUUUUUUUUGAAAAUUUUUGUUCUUACCUGUGAUUUCAACAUUAUAAGGAGCUUUCCCCAUUAAGGAAAUUCCCUCUAUCAAUGCAGAUAAGCUACUGUUCUUCGAUUCAAAGUCUUGUAGGGGCCACUUAGAGAUUGUGGAAUCCCAUUGUACUAUCUCUCACAGUAUCUCUGCCAGAAGUGCUACCUGGUCUUCCUAUCUUGAUUCUAAGGCAGACAGUCCAUUACACUGUUCUUCUUUCUCAUGAAUGACAUAUCUUAAAAAUUAGACUCAAAGAACUCCACACCCUCCAAAACAAAUGAGCUGAGUUCAUUGACAUGAAACUGUCUUAUAGUUGAAAAUUACUUUUAUAACUACUGAGGGCCGAAACACCAGAGCUAAAAACAUCACACAGCUUUACAAACGUAAAGGUACUCACCAUUUGUGCAUCAUCAGUCAUUCUGGAAAGACAGCAGUUUCCCAGGGGAACCUCUCUCAGUUUCAUGUCUUCAUGGGAGAGGCAGGUGGGACCAAAAUUCUUAGUUUCCAGAUGUGAGGUAGGAUUAUUUCUCUACCGUUAGCCCAAAGUUCCUGGAGAUACUGUAGUUUUAGUAGAUAUAGAAGUGUGUGUGUGUAUUGGAGGGAUGAAAGGCAGAGGCUAGAAAUUUGUUUGCUGUAACAUAUGCUGAUGUACGAUUCACUUGUAAAGGAGAAAGAGAAAAGGGAAUCAGCAGGAAGUGAAACAAGAAAUAGAGACAGAAGAAAGCAAAGCUGUUGAGUAUUUUCAUUUUGCUCAUAUUUUCUGUUUGCAUGUCAGAUGUUAGAAUUCCUUCUUAAAAAGAAGGUGGAGAAAGGGGAGGUGUGUCUUAAUGUGCUUGUUAAGAAAAUCCCAAGCCCGCUUUGCUGUCUACCCAAAGGGAUCAGCUCAAAGAACUACCUUUUCUUAAUUAGAUGUAAUGCUGACUUGAGGAUGGAGUUUUCAUUUGAGGGAUUCCCUUGGCCUCAGAAAAGAUUGGUCACUAGAAAGUAGCAAAGAGCAGUUGGUUGGCAUUAUUGUAUACUCUUAAAUUCUGGCUAAUGGAAUGUUCAGACCUUUCACAGCUACAUCGCAGAAGAGACCAAAGCCUUUAGAACAUGUUUUCCCAUGGCAACUUGUGCUCACUGUUGACUGGCCUCAUCUGAGUUGUACUGAUAACAUCUAAUAUAAAUGUUACUGUUAUCAUCUGAUACAGUGUUAGGUACCAUGAUGUACAUAGCACUAUAUGUAACAAGAGAAAGAGAUAUAUCAAUUGCCUUCUCAGAGUUUUUUCAGACCCUACACUUGAAUAUUCUUCAGUAUUCCAGAAAGCAUACCUCAGAUCCCUAGAUCUCUUAGCUCAUUUCUUCCACAUUUAAGGAAUUGUAGAACUGAAGGGGACUUGAGGACCAUGUACACCUGUGUGUGUACACAACCUAAGUGUAUCCUCCCAAAGCUUCCUAAGAAACCUGAAACCAUCUAAUUAUUAAAGAAGCACCAGUCUACACCAGACCUCAUGAGGAAGAUGAAAAAAGAAAUUCUGUCCCCCCAGCAGCAAAUUCUCAAAUUAUUUAAUGUGAAAAAAUCAACAAUCAUAUGUAGUUCUAAGUAUUAGCAACCUUUCUCAAGUAAUGAUCACAAACCUGGAGGAUCUGUUUUCAGAUGACCAAAUAUGUGUUAAGCAUCCAUGUAGCCCCUUGCCCAAGUCUGUUCAGACCAUAUCUGAAGUCAUUCUAGCACUGCAUUUGAAGGAAGACAAGCAUAUCCAGAGUGAGAUGACCAAGAUAAUGAGGGGAUUUUAAAUGUUAUCACAAGAGGAAGGAGCAGGAGAUAAUUUAGCCCUCAGGAGAAAAGACUUAAUGAAGACAUAGUAAUUAAUUGGCCUUCAGCUAUUUGAAGGGCCAUCUUGUGGAAGAAGGAUUAGAAUUGUUUUCUUUGGUUUCAGAGGGACUUGGGUAAAAGUUAUAGGGAGGCAGAUUUCAGCUCAAUAUUAAAAAAAAAGAGGGGGGGUUUCCUUCUAACAAUUAGAACUGUCAAGUUGAAUAGGAUGUUUUAUCAGUUAAUGGAUUCGCCAUUAAUGGAGGUAUCCAAGCAGAGGCUGAAUAUCUGAGAAUAUCAUUGAAAAAGUUAAUAUUCAUCAUAGAAAAUAAAAGAUUAGUUGUAAAAAGAUAUUGCAAGGGAUGGACUAGAAAACCACUAAAAUUCCUUUCAAUUUUGAACUUCAAUGAUUCUAAAUUAGAAUGAAUAUUCUGUGCAAUUCAACAAACAUUUAUUAAGUGCCUGCUGUGUACCAGGCAUGGUGCUAAACUCUGGAGAUACAAGGACAAAGAUGGAAACAGCUUUGUUCUCAAGGACCUCAGGUUCUACUAGAGGAGACAAUGUGUACAUGCAUAAGUAAGGAACAGGGACACUGAGGACUUCGCAGCUGGGGCAAUUGGAAAAGGCCUCUUGGAGGAGGUAGUGCUUGACCUGAGCCCUUGGAAGGGAUAUGGGGGUCCCAAGAGGUGGGGGUCAUUCCAGUGAGAGCAUUCCAGGAAUGGGGGAUAGGGAGUAAUACCAGUUGUGUAAAUGCACAGAUGGGAGAUGAAAUAUCAUGCACAGGGAAUAUAGCAAGUUGGUCAUUUUAGCCAUGAUCCUGCCCCGGGCCCUUAGGAGAAACAUCUUCUCUGUGACUCUAGUAAGAAACAGUAGUAUUGAAUUUCUCCAUGGCUCUAGUCUAUGAAAUAGGAUUUGCAGAAGUCUUUUCCCCAUAGGGGCCUCAGUUGUUCAUAAGAUGACUUGGAAUUGAGAGCAUAAUAACCAUGGGCAUUUGUCCAGACUGAGUGGCUAAAAAGAGAAAGUAAUUGGAGUAGGGAGAUAGAGUAGCUCCGUGUUGGAAGUGGAGCUUUGGAAAAUUAUUGAUUAUAGUCUAGGUUCAGGCAGCUGGAUGCCUUGUUUACCUUUUGAAUUGGGAACUGCCUUAUUGGUAACCUUGUGUGAAGGUGAGCAGUGUCAUGUAAGACAAACUCCCACCUGAGGUUCCUUCCCCCCCAUCAUCCCCAGCCCUUGACUGUAUUUGAUAUUUCAGACUGAAUUUCUUCAGCAACUCUCAGGAUCCCACUGUAGAGGAUACCAAAGCAUCUCUCUUCAUUGCUGGGUAAGACCCCUACACAGAAAAAGGAGACAAUUCGGAGAAUCAACUCCUAGGAGCUUGCAGCGUGCUGAUAGAGUCUAACUUCUGGGAAUAGGGGGUUGGUCAGGAAAUAGGGGUUCUUGCUUUGUUCGUAUCUAAUGAAGGUCAUGAUCUCCCCUUUUUGUACUCGCUCCCAGUGCAGCCUUAACAUUCUGUACACAUAAAUCAAAACCUAAAGUCAAGAACCUAGCCCUUAAGUUGUUCUGAUUUGAGUUCAUUAUUUAACUUUUAUUACCUAUUUAUAUUUGACUUAUUUUAUGCCCUUGGAUAUGUGAACUGGGAUUUAUUUUCAUGACUGCCAUGUCAGGCUUUUUGAGUCUGGCUCCCUUUCUUAUUUAUAUGCACUAGAGUUUGUAUAUUACCUAGUAAUUCAGAAUACCAUAGGAAACAUAUAGCUAAAGUUGUUUACAAAAAUUUUCUUAAUUAAACCCCACUGGGUUUCCUUUUAAAGGUGGCUGGAACUUGCUUGUAGCUGAAAUGAUCUAUAUGAAAUUAUUUUGAAGAUUCCAUGAUUUUAUUGGUGGUGGAUACUCCUCCCACUGGUCCAACAAAGCAUAGCCCCCUCAUGCCUUGAAAUCCUGAGUGAGUCUUAUCUUUGUUCUUUUAUAGAUAUUCCAUAGCAGAGCUACGCAGAUGGGCAGCUCUUUCCUUAUGGGUCUUUAAAUGUUUUUGUGGAUACCAGUGCAAUUUAACUCAGGCUUUACCUUUGUCCCUCACUCUUGCUGCAUGUUUGUCAUAUCCCUUUUCCCAUCACACAUGUCUUUUUACACCAUACUUCUGGUGUAAAAAUCAUUGUUGAUAACACCCUUUGGUCUAAGUAAAAUGACGUAAAUCUUUCUAUUACUCUUCAGGUCAUCUGCUACUUUGAUUUUUCCAAAACCGUAUUUGUUCUGUGAUUCAUAGAAAAAUAUUGAUGCAAAAAAUGUGUACUUUUUUGGCAUUGACUCUUGAGUUCACACAGAGAUGUGCUAUGUUUGUUGUUCUGGGCCCAUUUUUUGUUGUCCAUCAGCAGCACCUGUCCAAGACACACACACACACACACACACACACACACACACACACACACGUGCACGCGCACAUGGAGUUAAUCUCUGGGUUGUGCAUCCAAGUUGGUUGUCAUAAUCUGGUCUAUGUGCAUUCUUCAUCCACUUGAUUUUUCCUAUGUGGAUUAUUAGACCAAUAUCAUAAAUGGGAACAGUCCUAUGAAAAUGUUUAUUCUCUGAGAGUCAAGGUAGAAUCAUGUUCUGGUUUACAGUCUUGAAAGUUUAAUUCAGAUGCAGUUUUAUCCAUGAGCCAAUAAUACUGCCACAUGAUGGAAGUAUCUUUUAUUCCAGUCGUUUUGAACAGUUUUUUUCAGCUAAAUGCCAUUGCAGUAGCCAGUUGUAGAAUCAGAAAAUGAGAGUUAGAAGGGAUCUCAGAAAUCAUCUGGUAAAGUCUCUAAUAUUACUAUAUUAGGGUUUAACUUGAAAAUUAUCUACAAAGAGGCUACUCAUUUCCCUAAAUUACGCAGUCUUCUAUGGCGCCUAUUUUAUUGCCGUAUAUACUCUGAUUGGCUAUUGGCUUUCAUCUUUGGCUGGGGUUAUUUUCUCUGGGUAUAUUGGCAUUUCAUCAAGUUGAAUUUUCAUUUGAUUGUGUUAGAGAAGAGAGUAAAGGCUAGAGGUUAAAAUAAUGGGCUUUUGACUCUCGCACUUCAAUGUCCCUGUUCCUCCUUUGGUGUUCUGGGCCUGUCUAAUAUUUCCCUCAUUGUUCCAAAAAAUACUUGUGAGAGAAGAUGAAGAUGGGAAGUGCUUUGAGGUCCCCAGAAAAAAGUCACUAUCUGCUCCAAAAUGAUAGCUAGAAUUUCAUUAGAAGAGAUAGGCAUGAGGAGCUGUUGACCGGAACAGUUAUUUGAAUAUUUUCCAGAAACCAGAUCAUACCAUUGGUCCUUUAUUUCCCUAGUGCCUCCUAGUAUAUUAAAUUUUGGUUAAUUAUAUCAUGAGAACUACAUUUUCUUAAUAAGUUUUAAAGAAGGAACAGAGCAGCUGCAAAGACAGGUAUUUUUACUGCAAAAUGUUGUAAUUGUUUAUCAUUCCAGAAACUGAUUUGAAGAAGAAACAGUCUCAGUCUUUAAAAUUUCUUUUUCUUCAAGAACAAAAGUUAUUUGGUCUGGUCAGAUUGUUUCCUUCUUACUCAUAAGUAUUUGUCGUGAUAGUAGAAAAUAAGCAUCAUCUUGUCACUUCAAACCAUGUAAAGCACUCUGCACCAAACUACUUAAUUUUUGUGUCCUUUUUGUGUGAGGUUUUUUUCUCCUUAAAAAUAACGAACUGUGGCAUUGAAUGUGUUGCUGUAACAUGCAGAUGAGCUUAUGUGCUACAGUCCCUUAAAUAGCUUAGUUUGUGUGUUUUUAUAUUGUUUGACAGUUUUGCGAUGCCUUUGUGAAUUCUUGUCUUCCAAGUUCCAAAACCUGUCGUAAAUAAACUUUCUCUCUAUGCACCUGA